AGAAUCCUCCUCUGGUCACGUGACUCCGGGAUGAGCCAGAUUAACGGCUCUCUCUCUGCUCAGCAGGAGGACUCAGUCAGUCCACUAGCGGAAACAUCGUGUCUCUACUGGAUGUGGCGUCCUAGCACCAACUAUUACACACCUUCUCUUUCUUCAUAGGACGUUGUAGUUUUGAGUAAUUCAUUCAUGAAAUAAACUUGACAUCCAUAAUCAGGAUAUAAUAAUGAUUUCGCCGUGGGACCGGUGGUACUCGACGAGCUGCUGCCUCUGCUGCCAUGUACGAACGGGCACCAUUAUUCUGGGAAUAUGGUACAUGCUCAUCAACGCGGUGGUCCUACUCAUCUUGUUGUCGGCUCUCAAUGACCCAGUUCAAUACCGCUACCACCUUACCAGCUCUGAGCUGGGGACUGACAUUGAUGUCAUGGACGAUGCAAAUAUCUGCAUAGCCACUGCAAUAUCCCUGCUCAUGAUUCUUAUAUGUGGCAUGGCAACAUAUGGCGCUUACAAGCAACACGCCGCUUGGAUCAUUCCAUUCUUCUGCUACCAAAUCUUCGACUUUGCCCUUAACACACUGGUCGCCAUUAGCGUGGUUGUUUAUCCCAACACGGUGCAGGACUACCUCCAGCAGCUGCCUGGGACAUUCCCUUACAAAGAGGACAUCAUGUCCACCAACAACAUGUGCCUAGUUUUUGCAGUCCUCCUCUUCAUUGGCUGCAUCCUCUCCUUCAAGGCCUACCUGAUUGGCUGCGUGUGGAACUGCUACAGAUACGUGAGCGGCAGGGGCACCACGGAGGUCCUGGUUUAUGUCACCACCAAUGACACCACGCUCAAUGAGUUGAUACCUCUAAAUGCGCAAGGUUCUGCUGCCACCGUACGAGGAGGCCAUCGCCAUACCACCGAAGGAGCCCCCUCCCCAGUAUAUGGAGGCAUGAGAGACGUCCUCGCUGGACGUCUAAUCCCAAACACAUACCACAUUUCUUUCCAACAGUAGGACCCCAACGCUGUUGAAAAACAAGACAAAACAAUGUCUUCGAGGCUGGUUUCAGCGUGGACUCCUGCCAACCUUAGAUUAGAUUAGGUUGACCCUGAGGCAGUAUUGCCAUCAACUCUCUCCCACCACCACCACCACCUCUGUUUGUUGUGACGUAUUUUCCUCCCCUCUCGUCUCCUCUGUCCUCCUCCAAGGACAGUAUCGCAGCAACUCCAACCCUCUUGGCAGCUGCUGUCCCCUUGGCAGCAUCUAAACUCUUGCACGCCCUGAACACUCUGUCCCAACUUAAUUUGCACUUUUCUUUGAGUGAAACGUGCACCGGUUUGGCCACCAACUGUUAAUCCCCCCAAUACUGUGAAUCUCCCUCGUGGUCUUUGUCUAGAAAACAAACUACCUGAAGUGAGAUAGCGACAGAAGAGUGAAAAGGAAAGCGACAUACACGAUCAGUUAUAUGCAAGAGCACUUUUUUCAGAAAUUGACAAAUUCCUUCAUUGAAUGUAAUGUCGAGGUAUUUUUGUAUGACUUUUUUGUAUAACAGUGAAAACUGAGAGAAAAAGGAGUGAAUAGUGAAAGGCGGUCCUGUUUUGUGAUAUCAUCUGUGUACUGAUGUGGCUUGUCCUGCAGGAAAUCGUAUUAACAAAAGGUUCCUCGACCAAUAACAAACCACGUCUUCCUUUUGUAUCCAUGUAACACGCUGUCUGUAAACCUGUAAUCCAUCGACUGCCAGUGAAAAAACCUUGUUCACCCAUUGAUUUCAAUCACAAUAUUCCAGUUUGCCUUCUUGUCCAUUUCCUGUCUGUUCCAAGAUCUCAAAAGCUGAGAAAGACUGGCAUUAAUGUAAUCAUCCAGAGAAGCACACAAACGAUUCUCACAUUACAGAUCCACAUCCAGAAAAAAGGCAAUACAACAUACUGUAAAAUGUAAAAUGUGUAAACAUUAGCGUGUGAAGAUCUUCCAGUUAAGACUUGUGUUCCCCGUCGAGCUGCAGCUUCAAACAGCAUCGUGUGUGUCUUUAUUGUGUGUUUUUUUACAUGGAUCUUUUUAGUUGAGCUAACUUAGCUGGACUGAGGGCAUUUUCCUAUAAAGGCGUCGCAAACAUGCGACUGUAUGUGUGUGUUUGUGUGCUUGCCUGAGCACUGUAUGUGACGUUAUGAUGUAACUCCUAGUUCCUUUUAUAUGUAGUAACAUUUCCUUUGCACAUGCAGCGAUAUCGUGUUGAGAUAUUUCCUGUGCUUUUUCUAAAUUAACGAUGGAUGGGAUUCUAAAGCAUUGAUUUAGUUUAGCAUAGUAGCACAAAAUCAAUAUACAGUAUAUGGAGCUAGGGAGAGCUAGACGCUUGUCUAUGAGACAUAAUAAUGGGACAAACAAUAUUAGAUAUACCUAAUCCCAUUCUUUCCAAUGAUUCCUCUGUAGUAUUUGCUAUAAAAUAUUCAAUCAGAGUUACAUUUUAUCCUUCAGACUAUGCAACAGUGCAUUCAACAACUCCUUAGACCUGGAAAUACACGUACUAUGAAGUAGUAUUCCAUUUGAUUCUAAUACUCUAGUUGAUAAUGUAGCCAUUUGUUGGCCCCUUCAUUGUUUUCCCUUUGUGAAUUAUAACCACUGCUUUUGCAAAUCCAACAAAGCUGAAAAUUAAAUUGCACUUUAAAGUCAGUGUGAGCUCACUGGGAACUGAUGUGUGUUGUGUUUUUAUUCAUCUGUACCAUGGUGUGCUGUAGCUAAGUGGUUCUAAAUAUGAUCGGCCACCCUCUUCUGGGUGACACUCGCAUUGUGUGAUGUGACUGAUGAGCUGCAGAUUUUAAUGUGACUGCAGGGUUUAGAGAAAAGGCUUGUACAGUAUCUGGACCAGUGGAUGGCUCAUGCCUCAUUUCAUUAGAAUCACUUCCAAGACUGUUCUCCAUGACUUUCCAUUCACACACAUCCUCUUGUUGGAUCUGCAUGAGCUCAUGUCUUCAAAUAUGAAUAAUAAAAAGCAAAAUCAGUCA